AUGAUAGAUAGUGAGCCUCAGACAUUCAAUGAGGCAAUGUCAACUCCAGAAGCUCCAUUUUGGAAAGAAGCUAAGCUUAAAGCUGAUGGUUCUAUAGAUAAGUACAAAGCAAGGCUUGUAGCCAAGAGCUUUAGACAAAAAGAGGGUCUAGACUACUUUGAUACUUAUUCACCGGUCACGAGAAUUACAUCCAUCCGGAUGCUAAUUGCCAUAGCCUCACUAUAUGAAUUGCAGAUACAUCAAAUGGAUUUGGAAUACUCUCGGGUUAUAGGCAGUCUCAUGUAUAUUAUGAACUGCACGAGGCCAGACAUUGCGUACUCUGUCAGUAAACUAAGCAUGUACACAAGCAAUCCUGGACAUGAGCAUUGGAAAGCUCUAUUAAGAGUAUUAGGGUAUUUGAAUAAAACCAAGGAGAAUGCUUUGCAUUAUGGUAAAUACCCGGCUAUUCUAGAAGGGUAUAGUGAUGCUAAUUGGAUUUCAGACUCCGAGGAGUCGAAAUCAACUAGCGGUUAUGUAUUCACCCUAGGGGGUGCGGCAAUAUCUUGGAAAUCCUCAAAACAGACAUGCAUAGCACGUUCAACGAUGGAAUCGGAGUUCAUCGCUUUGGAUAAAGCUGGUGAAGAAGCAGAGUGGCUUCGUCACUUUUUAGAGGAUAUUCCCAUAUGGCCGAAACCCGUGCCUGCAAUUUGCAUUCACUGCUUACAUAAACAACUGGCAGUUCAAGGCAUUAGUCCAUUGACUAGUUAA